GUCGAAACAAAGCCAUUUCCAGCGGCUUCAAGACCGAAACGACAGCGUUUCUCUUUUUUUCCCCCCUCUUUUCGCUUUAAACCCUACCAAGAAGCGACUAAGGAAUUGCAGAGAAAGGUGGAAACUUGGAAGGUUAUACGAUUUAAAAUGCGACCGUUAGAGACACUGCCGCCAACGGAAACCCUAGAAAUCGAGAAUGGUUUGUCACUAGUUCCGCGCGUUAAACUCAAUCUCACAAUCCACCCUGCCCUUCCAUCAGUGUCGAAACCCAUCGAUGAAUGGCAGCUAAAGCGAGCCCUGAUAGAUUUCCUCAAGUCCUCACUCUCCGUCCCCGUUACCGUUCCUGAAGAAGACCUCCAGAUAAAAAGGCUCAAAGACCUCAAGAAACGGAAGCGAGACGAGCCGGUCGCCCACGGCGCUCUUUUCAUUCGUGACCUUGGGUUUUUGAGUGGUAGGAAGAAGAGUGAAGAGACCGAAGAAGUUGAUGUGAAGGAAUUGGAAAAGAAGUUUCUGGAUUGGAGAAGCUAUGUAGCUGAGAAAAUGGAUGGGAUUGAGCUUAAUCUUGAAGGAGUUAAGUAUAACCUUAGUGUUGAAAUUCCCCCGUCGGAUGAUUUUGAAAGGAUGAAGAAAGAUUGGGAGGAUUUAUACGCUUUUCGAAACAGAGGUUACUCGAGGGGAGGAAGACAAGAGCCAGAUACGAUUGUAUUGAGAGGGGUUCCGUCGCGGUGGUUUGCGGAGCCCAGAGUUUCAUCCAAGCCUUCAAUGCUGGUCACGCAUACCAUUUUUUCCACAUUUGGGAAGAUAAGGAAUCUUAAUGUUUCUGAGGAUGAUGAUCUUGCUAAGGGGAUGGAGGAUGACUUAGACAUAGGCAUUGUUUCAGGUCUUCACUGUAAAAUUGUUGUUCAGUUUGAGAAAUACCGGGAUUUCUAUGAUGCACUCAGGGUAUUAUGUGGUCGCUCAUUGCAAAAGCAAGGAUCUCGGUUAAGUGCUGAUUAUGAGGUUACAUGGGACAAGGAUGGAUUUUUCCGAAGCUCAAGAAGUCAAAAUCAAGACAAGAGCAGCAGGAUGCAGGAACCUGCAGCAGAAAGAUACAGAUCUGAAGCUCCCAAACGUGAACCUCAUGUUUCUCAGCUGACUUCCAGCGAUACACGAAGAAAGAGAUUUAAGGAAUGAAAGCACAGCUGCAUAUUUAGAAAGAUCUAUGCAAGAUUGAUCUAUAAGAGUGGACGACUGUAUAUGGACGGGCUAAAUGAUGAAUGGACUUUUACAUUUUCAUUCGGUUGGUCAGGCUCGUAGCCUGAUUUAAUGUUUAUGACCCCUUUAUGAAGUCAUGCAAUGUGCUUGCAUUAUUUAUGAAAUGAUGCUAAAGCCGAACUUCACCCUUUUCGGUUUUCACAUGUUAGAUGCUUUAUUUGCAAAUGCUUAAUAGAAACAUUACCCCGUGUGUUAUAGACUAUUUUCACUGUUUAUUGUACAAUGUUUGUCUCA